CUCGACGCCCAUCCAUCCAUUCUUUAAGCAGCAUCGAUUGCCCACAAUGGCCAUCACACCGACCCAAUUCGCUAAGAAGACGGCCCAGUCCGCAAACUGGACAGACGCCAAGCGCCGAGUUCUAUCCUCCUACCGCGAAUGGAUCCGUGGUGCCCCCGAGAUCCAGACCAUGUAUAACGUCCCUCUGCCUGCCGCAGCCAUCCGCACAAGAAUACGCCAGGAAUUCGAGCGCAACCGCCAGGUCAACCAGCUCUCUGUUGUCGACGUUCUCCUCUUCAAAUCACAUGCUGAGUACCAGGAAACCAUGAACUUCUGGAAGCAGACGACACAUAUUAUGUCCUAUUUCAAGGGCGAGAACUUCCGCGGUGACAAGAGACUGCCAUCCAGCUUCAUGGAGGGCUUCUUGGAGGGACGCAACUAAAGACACUCUACGUGGGCUCUCUUAUGUAUAUAUUCGCUCUAGAUUGUUCGGUUAAAACAAUAUUUUUUCAUCAAAUUCUUCCUAUCAAACGCCGUGAAAUAAAGCAAUUGUACCCCGAUGCCAUGCAUGAUGACGCAAAGUCGGCCAACACCACUCAUAAGUCUAAAAUAAAUCCAACAGGAAUCCUUCUUUUGCGUAAUUUUAUGAGCUCUGUAUGCAAGUUCAUCGCUCAAUGCCUUCCUUUUCGUUGAAUGCCUGUCUCUUGGUCCAAAACUCUUCAGCAACAACGUCACAAACUUGCUGCAGGUCGCUGAGGCCCUUCUUUAAAGCAUCAACAGCUAGACCCUCUAUAUGUUUUGUUAGUAGUUGCUACAAAGGACUUUGAAUCAAUGGUGUGUUUGAG